CAGUGGUGUGGCUGGCAAUGAUAAGUAGGGGACCAUUUGAACACUGCUUAUCAAUGUGAUGACGAUUGCUUACCUAUAAAAGUGGACAACACAAUCAACAAGAUGACACCUUCUUAAAGUCUGACAUAUCAGCUUCCUUCUUCAACUACUACAUGCCACUGAAUGAAUGAAUGUUAGGUUUCGUUUUGAGCUCCCCAAGUGAAAUAAAUAUGGUUAUCUUCUCAAAAAUUUGAGCAGCAAGAAAGAUGAUGAAACCUACAGCAAAAUCAAUUCAGAGAGUUGGCCGUUUCUUGAGGAAGACCCUUGGGAGCAUCAAGUCCAGUUUCUGCUCCCGUGAUUACAAGAACUUGCCCAACAACACUCCUCUCUUGAGCCCCUUCUCCUGCAGUCGCCGUUGUCCAGAAGAUUCCCAAACUAAAGAAACCUACACCGUUAUUUGUUGUGACACGGCUGUAGCAGAUACCACACAUGGCAGGAGUCUCAGCAGCCAACAUAAAAAGAGACCGAAGAAAGUUGCAGAGCCAUUCGAGGAUGCAAAGAAAAGAGGUGACGCGUUGGCGCAAAAGAUGAAAGAUCUCAACAUGGUGGAUCUACGAGACGUGGACCAUGCAAUGGAUGUACGGGAAGCGCUUAGAUGCUAUUCAAGCAUCAGAAGUCCUGUCUACCUUGACAUUGUUGACAAUUUCUUCACGGACAUGUAUUACGAGUUCUCUGAUCCACGCACAUCUGCUACUAUCAAUGGUUCAAGAAGAAAAGCAGGCUCCUUCAGGCUCUAGGUCCCUCUCAAUCAGCAUCAGUUUCAAGGGCAGGGUGAAGUUGUUUGACCUAUAGAGCUUGUAUAUCGUAAACAGAGUCACUAUCAACUACCCACAGGCCACAGCACUUCGGUAAAGUCAUCGGUUAAGAGAGUUCUACCUCAUCUCGUACAGUCAAGUUUAUUACGCUGCUAUUCUCAACUAUCAAUGCAACAUAUUUUCACUAAGUUAAAACAGUUUCUAAUACACCUCCAGACAUGCCUACAACUCUGUUCUUGACUGUACUCACAUUAUGAUUUCAGGGCAGGUAACAUUAUUCCUUUUCAUGAAAAA